CUUGGGCAACACUCCGCGCAGCCUCCCCUUCCUUAACCCCACAGCAGUUCCCAUUGACCGACAUACCACUGGCCGCUGUGCCAGUGUGUUUCAGCACAAUGGUUUCUUCCUUCUGUUGGAGCUGUCUGACACGGCUUCGUUCGACACCUCGAGCCGUUUUACCUCCGUCGGUAGCAGCACCUAGAGCAGCAUCAUUUCACACAUCAACGGUGCGCUAUGCAUUGCCAACGAAAAAGAAAAACAGCUUGGAUGGUCCUCCCAAGUACCGUCAGGCCAAAUCCGCUAGAAUGAAGAAGAAGAAGCCAGUUGAAAAGGCGCGUCCGCCUCCUGUCGGAGAACGGAAAGCAUUGCGGAAGCGUAUCGUUCUCAGCAACCCCAAUGCCCUUGAGGUCGAGGGUAUGCAGGACCUGUCAUCGGAGAAUAUGAUAGACGCACGCCUUCGGGGAUCUGUUCUCGGUCUCCCUGUGCCGAUGCUCACUCAGCUGAGGGCUGUUGAGGCCUUCAAGCCGAAACAGGGCUGGUCGAUAUUCCGCCGGCCGGGCACAGUGGUGAGACGGGAGUCAUUAGAAUUGGGCAGACUGAUUGACUCUAUCUCUAACGAGGGACAAGACAAGGGAAAGUCUGUUAAGAAGAUUGUCACCGGUGUCAGAGGGUCAGGGAAAACCGUUCACUUGCUGCAGGCCAUGGCUAUGGCUUUUACCAAGCAAUGGGUCGUGUUCACUGUUCCAGAGCCCCAGGAUUUGGUCAUUGCGCACUCUAGCUACGCACCACUUUCUGAUGAAACGCCACACUUGUAUGUUCAGAACGACAUGACUGCUGCGUUGCUGUCUCGCACAGUGGCCGCCAAUGAGCAGGUUCUGAAAACACUCCAUAUCUCCCAGGAGCAUUCGGCUCUCAAGUCCGUCGUUAAGGCUGGUAUGACUCUUGAGGAGCUUGCCAAACUUGGUAUCCAGGACCACGCCAUUGCCUGGGCCGUCUUCCAAGCAUUGUGGACUGAGCUUACCGCAACUUCCCCUGCCCCUGGCUUUGAUAAGAAUUACAAGCCUCGGCCCCCUAUGCUUGUUACCGUGGAUGGCCUGUCUCACUGGAUGAAAAACAGCGAAUAUCGUUCCGCGGAUUUUGAGCCUAUCCACGCUCACGACCUGGUGUUUGUGCGACACUUUCUCUCGCUGUUGAAGCCUGGUACCGGAAAGCCCGCCCUUCCAAACGGUGGUCUCUUACUUUACGCCACUUCUGCUUCCAAUAAUCCGACGAUCUACGGUUUUGAAGUCGCGCUCAAGCAAAUCGCUGCUCGCCAGGCUGGCCUGAAUUCUUCGGCUCCCGAAUUCCCUCAAGCUGAUCCAUACAGCGGAGCUGACAAGCGUGUGAUUGAUGCCUUUGACUCUUCGAAGCCCACUAUCACAAAGGAAGGCAUGCUGCAGCUUCAGACGCUUGGUGGACUCACCCGCGAAGAAUCCAGGGGCUUCAUGGAAUACUUUGCCCGCAGUGGUCUUCUGCGAGAGAAGAUUAAUGACGAGUGGGUUGGUGAAAAGUGGAGCUUGGCUGGCGGUGGUAUAAUUGGCGAAUUGGAGAAAUUGGGGAGACGACUGAGAGUGACCGACUAGAUAUGUCAUUGCAUUUAUCAUCCCUAGUAUAUUCUAGAUUCCCGCUAUUCUGUCCCAUGUGUACCCUUUCUGUCACCGCAUCCCGUUCACAUGCAGCGCUAUUGGAUGGACUCGGCUUUUGUCAAAAUAAAUGUAUUUUACUAGUUGUAUUAGGGUUUCUGCAUUUCUGUAUGCAUAUAAUGGAAUUUGAAAAUAUAUAUUGUCACUUCUCUCAUAGUUGGACUACAUACAGUCCAG